AUGUGGUUAAUGUUACAACAAGAGACACUAGAAGAAUUUGUUUGCUACAGGUGUAAAAGAAAUUGGCAAAGAAAAAAUACUGGUAUUGUUCGUGUUACAGUUAAUGAAAAAUAUUUUCGACCAACGGAAGUUGAUCUUUCAAUUAAUAAUCCGAAAAAAGUUGAAGAAAAUCUUAAAUGGAAACCAAAAAUGACUUUUAAAAAAUUAGUUAAAGAAAUGGUUGCAGCUGAUAUUGAACUUAUGCGAAAAGAUCCAACAGCUUAA